AUGAGGUUCCUCGAGUCCACGGCCAAGAAGAGGCAAGCUGACAGGGCCAGUAAUCCAAACGUAGCUGAGGGACCCGACCCAUGGGCCGACGCCAGCAGCUUCAGCCACCUGCCCACGCGUUGCCCGAUUCCAUUGGCGGGCGCCAAGGCGACCGACAAGAUCACCGCGCUGCCCGGCCAGCCUCCGCGAGUCAACUUCGACCAGUACGCCGGCUAUGUCACGGUGAACGAGGAGUAUGGCCACGAGCUCUUCUACUACUUUGUCGAGGCCCCCUACGAGGCGGCCUCCAAGCCACUCAUCCUUUGGCUUAACGGUGGGCCUGGGUGCUCAUCGCUGGGGUAUGGCGCCAUGAUGGAGCUCGGCCCGUUCCGAGUGAACCCCGACGGCAAGACUCUGAGGAGGAACAAGCACGCCUGGAACAACCUGGCAAACGUGAUCUUUCUGGAGUCGCCAACCGGAGUGGGAUUCUCCUACGCGAGCAACAACUCGGAUAAUAUCAACAAGCGGGGCGACCAGAGAACCGCCGAGGACACAUUCGUCUUCCUGCUCAACUGGUUGGAGAGGUUCCCCGAGUACAAGGGCCGCGACUUCUACAUCGCCGGUGAGAGCUACGGUGGCCACUACGUGCCGCAGCUCGCCACCGUAAUCACCUUCAUGAGCGAGCUCCACCACACCACUUUCAUAAACCUCCGCGGCAUCUUCGUCGGCAAUCCGAUCCUUGACAAUUACAAGAACAACGAGGGGAAUCUGGAGUUUCUAUGGAGCCACGGGCUGAUCUCCGACGAGAUCUGGGCCGGGAUCCGUGCUAACUGCACUUUCACCCCGAAAGACGACUUGCGGUGGUGCUCUGUGUUGGGGCAGGCGUUCCACAUAGGCAACAUCUAUCCCCGAAACAUAUACGACCCGAGGAUCUGCCUUCCGUCGGCACGCGAAGGCUAUCUGGCUGGCUAUGAUCCGUGCAUGGAGUACUACGUCGAGGCUUACCUGAACACUGGCGAGGUGCAAGAAGCUCUGCACGCCCGCACCAACACAAGUUGGAUAGCUUGCCCAAGAGAAAGUCCUUUAAGCGUCCCCUUCCAUUAUAACCCCGGCCCAGUUACCGUGGUGCCAACGAUCAGGAGGCUAGUCGAACGUGGGUUAAGCGUAUGGGUCUAUAGUGGCGAUUUGGAUUCCACAUGCUCGAUUACCUCGACGAGGUACUCGGUCAAGGAUCUCAACUUGCCCGUCACCAAGCCAUGGCGUGCUUGGUACACCCCGGACCUCGAGGUUGGAGGCUAUGUUCAGCAGUACGAGGAAGGCUUCACGUUUGCAUCGGUGAGGGGUGCAGGCCAUCUGGUUCCUAGCUAUCAGCCAGAGAGAGCCCUUGUUCUUCUCUACUCUUUCCUCAAGGGCAGGCUCCCACCUGGGUGA